AUGGCCGCCGCUCGCCCAAUGAUCAUGCCUCCUAACAAGGAGGACAUUGUUGCAACAUGGGCAUAUCUUCAGGAAGGCAUCCAAAAGAUUAUGGUUAAUCUGCAAGAUGGCAUGGAUCUAGCUACCUACAUGGGCAUCUACACUGCCGUGCACAACUUCUGUACCAGCCAGAAAGCCGUGACUGUGAAUACUCCUGGCAGUGGCAACCAAGCUCAUAGAGGAGCACACUUGCUCGGCGAGGAUCUCUACAAGAAAUUGAUUGAAUACUUGAACAAUCAUCUCGCUACUCUCUACGAGAAUUCAAAGGCACACACGGACGAGGCCCUACUUGCUUUCUACAUCAAAGAAUGGGACCGAUACACGACAGCUGCCAAGUACAUUCACCACCUCUUCCGAUACUUGAAUCGCCACUGGGUCAAGCGUGAAAUGGACGAGGGCAAAAAGGACACUUACGACGUGUACACACUUCACUUGGUCCAAUGGCGUACACAAUUAUUUCAGAGGGUCUCUUCCAAAGUCAUGGAUGCUGUCCUCAAGUUCGUGGCCAAGCAAAGAAAUGGCGAGACUAUUGAGCACGGCCAGAUCAAAUCAGUCGUUGAUUCUUUUGUGUCGUUAGGACUUGACGAGCACGAUGCCACCAAGUCGACUCUGGACGUGUACAGAUUCCAUUUCGAGAAGCCCUUCCUAGACGCAACCAAGGAGUUCUACGAAGCCGAGUCCAAGCAGUUUAUCGCCGAGAACAGCGUGGUAGAAUUCAUGAAGAAGGCUGAAACCCGCCUCAACGAAGAAGAGGAACGCGUACGAAUGUACUUGCACAACGACAUAGCGAUACCGCUGCGCAAGACCUGUAAUAACGCCCUGAUCGCUGAUCACCAAAGCAUCCUCCGCGAGGAGUUCCAGGUCCUAUUGGACAACGACAGGGAAGAAGACAUGGCACGAAUGUUCAACCUGUUGAAUAGAAUUCCCGAGGGUCUCACUCCUUUGCGGCAAAAGUUCGAGGCUCAUGUGCGCAAUGCCGGUCUCGCGGCAGUUGCCAAGGUCGCUUCGGAUGCCGAGAAGCUGGAACCCAAGGUAUAUGUCGACGCGCUUCUGACGGUGCACACACAGUAUCAAGGCUUGGUCAAGCGGGCUUUCAACGACGAACCCGAGUUUACUAGAUCUCUGGAUAACGCAUGUAGGGAGUUCGUUAACCGCAAUGAUAUCUGCAAAGCUGGCUCGAACAAGUCGCCUGAACUUCUUGCAAAGUACACGGAUGUGCUGCUCAAGAAGAGCGCUACUGGCGUCGAGGAAACUGAACUGGACACAACCUUGACUCAGAUCAUGACUGUGUUCAAGUACAUUGAAGACAAAGAUGUCUUCCAGAAGUUUUACUCGAGAAUGCUAGCACGACGACUAGUACACAGCAACUCAUCUUCUGACGAUGCCGAAACCAGCAUGAUUAGCAAGCUCAAGGAGGCUUGCGGUUUCGAGUAUACCAACAAGCUUCAACGCAUGUUCCAAGAUAUGCAGAUCUCAAAGGAUCUCAACAAUGGCUACAAGGAACAUGCCAAGAGCGUUACGAUUGCAUCCAAGCCCCUGGACUCGACAUACUCCAUCUUGGGAACCAGCUUUUGGCCGUUGACACCUCCUAACACGCAGUUCAACCCACCUGCUGAGAUUCAAGCCGAUCUUGAUCGGUUUGGACAAUUCUACAAACACAAGCACGACGGUCGCAAGCUCACAUGGCUCUGGCAAUUGUGUAAGGGAGAGGUCCGCACUGGAUACUGUAAGAGCAGCAAGACACCCUACACCUUCCAAGUCAGCGUCUACCAAAUGGCCAUUCUUCUCAUGUUCAACGAGAAGGAUGAGCACACGUACGAAGACAUUGCUAGCAUGACUGCGCUGUCGUCCGAGACACUCGAUGGAGCCAUUGGUAUUUUGUGCAAGGCCAAGGUACUCAACAUGAAACCUGAGGGAUCAAAACCCGGACCUGGCCACACAUUCCAUCUCAACUACGACUUCAAGAGCAAGAAGAUCCGCGUGAACCUCAAUGUCGGAACGAAGACGGAGCAAAAGCAGGAAGAAGUCGAGACGAACAAGACGAUCGAAGAGGAUCGCAAACUCGUUUUGCAGUCUGCGAUCGUCCGAAUCAUGAAGGCUCGCAAGAACAUGAAGCACAGCCAACUCGUCAGCGAAACCAUCUCUCAGAUCAAGUCCCGCUUCAUGCCGAAGGUGUCGGAUAUCAAGAAGUGCAUAGAGAUCCUGCUAGACAAGGAGUAUCUUGAACGACUCGAUGGUGACGAGCUAGGCUACCUUGCUUAA